AUGCCGUUCGGGAUACUGGAGUGCAAGAAGAUGGAGGUCGUCCCCGGGACAGCUUUUAUGAGCGACCAGGACGACCUGCCUCCCGAGUAUUCAAACAUCCCCAGAGAGCUUCUUAAGCAUGGAAGAGGGCGGUUCAAGGAUGUCAUCCUCGUGCCUCAGCCCUCUAACAGCCCCAACGACCCGCUCAACUGGCCACAAUGGAAGAAAGAAAUGAUCCUCCUCAUUGUCGGACUCUCGGCCGCCGUAGUCGGCGCCUACGGACCCAUGCUCUCCCCCGGUUUUGUCCAGGUCUCCUCCGACCUUGGAAUCACGGUUGAGAUCCUCUCGCAGGCCACGGCUUGGCUGAUUCUCACCAUCGGCUUGAGCCUCUUCAUCACCAACCCGCUCGCGAAGAUCAUCGGGCGUCGGCCGGUGUACAUAAUCGCCAUAUGCAUCAUGUUUGCGACAAGCGUCUGGGGCGCGGCGGUUUCGGAUUACAGCUCGUUCCUGGCCAGUCGAAUCGUGGCAGGCAUCGGGAUGGCCCCUUACGAGAUCCUGGUCCAGUGCACCAUAGGUGAUCUGUACUUUGUCCAUGAGCGUGCGACACGAAUCGCAGUCUGGAACCUGUUCCUCCUCACAGGAAUCAGCGGCGGUGCCUUGAUUGCCGGGUACAUCAUUGAGCUGGAUGGAUAUCGGUGGACGUUUGGCGUGUGCGCCAUCUUCUUCGGAAUCUUGAUGAUUGGUGUCGUCUUCUUUGUCCCGGAGACUGCUUAUCGGCGGGAUUCAGUCGUACCAGUCGUCGAGACGGACGAGAAAGGGCCGCACUUGAAGUUGGGCCACGAGCAUGCAGCUCACCAUGAGCAGGAGGCGGCCGUCCUUGGGGUUGGGAGCCACGACGACGAGAGAAAGCAUACCUACAUCCAGUCUCUGCGCGUCUUUACCGGAAGAUACAGCGAUGCUCCGGCAUGGAAGAUUUUCCUUAGACCAGUGGUGAUGUGGUUUUAUCCCGCUGUACUCUGGGCAUUCUUAAUCUACGGGACGACCAUCACCUGGAUCGUUGUCUUCUCGGUAGUAAACGGGGUAAUAUUUGUCUCGCCGCCGUACAACUUCACAGUCAGCCAAACAGGCCUCAUCAGUCUGUCCCCAUUCAUCAUGACCAUUCUGGGCGAGGUCAUAUCAGGACCGGUCAACGAUUGGAUUUGCAUCUACCUUACGAAAAGGAACAAAGGGCUCUACGAGCCGGAAUUCCGCCUGCCGCUCAUCCUCGUUGCAGUAAUCUUGGGGACUGUGGGCUUCUUUGGCUUUGGGGCCACCAUCCACUACCAGACGCACUGGACCGGCCCGGUGCUCUGCUUUGGACUCGCCAAUAUGAGCCUCGUUUUUGCAGCCACUUGUGUAUUUGGAUACAUCAUCGAUUCCUACCGAAGACAUAACGAAGAGGCUUUUGUGGCAAUCAACUCAAGAAAUUUGCUAACAUUUGGACUGACAUAUUUUGUCAACGACUGGUUGGCGGAGCAGGGAGCCUUGAACGUAUUUUGUAUCCUGGGGGGCUUGUUCCUCUUUGUUUGCUCGUUGACUAUCCCGCUAUGGAUUUUCGGCAAGAGGAUUCGAAGCUUCAUCGGCCGUACACAAUGGCUUCAACGAUUCAUGAACGAUGACUGA